AGAUUUCUGGGGUCUCCCUGACCACUCUUCUCCACCUUCUGCUGGGAGAAGCCUGGCAGCUGAGCCGCACCCUGCUCUGACCUGGUGACGUUCCUGAACAAAAAGAAACCAUGAGUCUACUUUUCAUAAUAUUCUGUGGUUCAUCUUGGUAAGUUGACCAGAAAGGAAAACACCAGAGAGGGUGAGCAAAUGAAAGAUUGUAUCUCCCCAGAACCAACAUGAGGUUCCCAGACUGUUCAGAAUGCCGCUCUCCAUGCCACCUGUCUGCUCUCCUUGCCUGCACUGCCUCACCCUCAAGUGUUAGUUCUGUGUCACAGGAAACACUUGGCAGUUCAGUUCCUAGGAGAGGUGAGGCAGAAAACCACAGCAGCAGGAGCACACGGCAGAGGAGGCUGUCGCCUCUUGGCAGCCGAGAAGCGGAGGGAAGGAGAGCGGGGCCAUUCUUCAAAGGCGUGCCUCAGUGUCCUGCUUCCUCAUCAUCGUUCAUCUUCAUCCAUGAUAAAGUCAGAACCCUAUGGUCCAAUCACCUCUCUGUUGACCAAGUCUUCAGUCUAUUUCAUACCCAAACCACAUGCCACAUCAGCCCAGUUUUCAAAGACGCCAUCUCAGAGAGUUUACAUACAGGAGGAAAGGCAGAAGCAUGUCAUCUGCGACUACACAACGUCUUCGUGCCCUCCCUGGUUCCAAAGACCACGUUUGGAACCACCACAUGGCAUCGGCUCGCAGGAGCCUCUGCGGGUGAGGAGAAGUGAGCACUUCAGCUAGGGCCUGCCAUCCUCACCUGCCGUGGAGUCCUGCUGAGCCCAGAGGAAGAAGCUGCCCUUGGCCAUGUGGACAUGCCCCAGUUCGUGGGGCAGGCAGAUGGCCAGACAGUAUCACCUCAUGCAUCAACGUAACAGCAAGACCCCAGAAUGGAGAGCCUGAGUUUAUUCAAGUAACCCUGGGCCCAGUUCAAGAGUGUAUCAGAUUAUGUAGUAUUUAGCAACAGUAAAUACACAAUGCCUCUAUUUUUUUAAAUCUGUUUUUAAAAUGUCGAUCCACACUGGCUCUGACUUCUUGUAACUGUGCCCACUUUUCAAGAGGAAAGUGGUCCCUUGGUCCAUUUUGAAAGGAGAUGGAAGAGUCCGGAGAGUAUGCCUCUUCUCCAUGCCGUCCCUGUGACCCCAAUUCCUUAUGCAUCCUCUCUGGGGAAGAGGUCUCACAGAGUCACAUCACUGGACAAAGACCCUACAUCACACCUCACCUGAGAAAGAUUGAAAGCCCAGGCCGAAGGGACUGUGGGGGUCGGUCCUGCCGGGCUGUGUGGUGGGGCAAUGCUAAGCACAUUCCUGAGAUGCAGCCCUCUCUCCUGCAUGCACUUCAGGUUGCACCACCUGUGCAGACACUGGGCUUUUCCCACUGUCGCCCCUGCACCCUUGUGAUGAUGCCAGCCUGGGCUGUCAUUCAGCACAGCGUAUUCCUUUUCAUUAUCACCCUGAACCAUGAGGUUUGGGUACAGUAGACCCCUCUCCUCUUUCCAGGAUGGAGCCUGUCUAGCUUAAGCCAAUUAAAGUAUUUCAUCCCUCUAGUCAGAGACACCAGUUCAAAAAUAUAAUCACGUUUCCUAACUCAAUUGUGAAGAGCCACCACCCCAACACUUAGAAAGAUGUUCCAUCUUCCCUCUUCUCUAGAACUAUAAUGUAAAGCAGGGGCCUUAUUGGUACAAGGCUAUAAAUGGCAUUGAGAAGAGGGGAUAGGGAGGGCGUUGGGCUGGCCGAAAGGAGGCAUUGAGCAAGGCAUAGGACACCCAGAUCUGCAGUGAUGUCAUUGGAUGCUGGAUCAAACAGCACCCGAAGGCUUGUCGCUGCUAGAUUGUUCUUCAAUACACUCCAUCUAUAUCACUCCAUCCAGCUCGAAUAGAAAAUUCAGUCACUUGACAAGGAUUCCAAACCACACUGUCCUUUCACCUAGGGCUUAAUCAUUCACAGCCAAAGAGGAGUUGGUCCUUGUACAAUCAGUGGUGACUCUGGCUGCCACUGGGGCAGGAGGAGGUGUGGGGAGGAGAGCAGUCCUCUAGUCCCAAUCCAACAACUUCUUUAUUUUUUUAAAGAUUUAUUUCUUUUUAUUUUAUGUGUCCAAGUGCUUGCCUGUAACUAUGUGUGCUGUAGGAGUACCUGGUACCUGCAUAAGCGAGAAGAGUUCAGAUGCCCUGGAACUGGAGUUUGGGGUGGCUGUAAGUUGCAUGUGCUGGAAACCGAACCCAGGGCCUCUGGAAGAGUACCCUUAACCACUGAGCCAUCCCUCCAGCCCCACAUCCAACAACUGAGCAGUUGUUCUUUUUAAACCUAUCAACAAGGAGUCAUAUAGCUCUGUCUGGCCUCAGACCUCACAUCACACAACCCAGAGGGGCCGAGGAUGGAUUCGCUCAGACCCGGAAGGCUCUUCUGAAAGCUUUCCCUUACAGAUGAGACUGCGCACCUCAGGAUGGAAUGGUGAAGUCGAGGCUUCCCCUACAAAACAGGGAUUGGACCUGAAAGACUGUGCGUCUCCUCCAAAGUCUUCCUUGGAGCUGACGGUGUCUGGGGCUCCAGGCAGGCCAUGCAGGGGGUGUCCUCCUGCGCUGCAGUCAGGAAGAAUGCACACCUGCCCCGGGGUUGCAUACAAUUAACUAAACUUGGGCCCACAGUCUCUGAGAUGGAGGCUCCGGGAGCGGGUACAGGGAGGUGUCCCUGUGACCAAGGCUUAUGAAAGAGAGCAGAGUCUCUGGCAGACAGCAUCUGGGAGGGGGUUCUUGGUUACAGGGGAGCAGUAAGCGGGAGCUUCCCCCCCCCAGAAGCUGUUUUUCCCAGUACAAUUCAACAGUCACCGGCUGCCUUCUCAAUACUUGGCUGAGCUGAGCAUGUGGCCCAGAUCUGGUCAGAGCCUGAGAAGCUGAGCACAGGAUGUUGCAGCUCCCUGUGGCUGUUCUCAGGUUAGGGAGGGGCUGACAGUCAGUGCGUUCCUCCCGACAUCCCAGGAUGGGGUGCAAAGAGGAGGUGAGUCCACAGCUUUCAUCCAGAAGCCCUGACCGCUGAUGCCUCAUUCAGACUUCAGCAGCCUGCAAUGUUCUCCCCAGAGCCAACAGGACCAUCAGCCCCUCACCUGCUAAGCAGGGAAGCAGCCAGGGGAUGGGGUAAAGAAUGAAGGGGACCCCCUUCCAAUAAGCCAAGCACAUUCCUGAGCCACCUCCUCCUGUCUGGGCUCCGCCCUGUAGCAGGUGGGAGGACAAUGCCGCCUGUGUGCCAUUACCCCUGACAGGCUGACGAAGGGGAGGGCCAGGCUGUGGCCCCAGCUCCAGCCUGACCUUUCUGGUCGUCUCUCUCCCUCACUCCCCAGGCCCUGCUGUCUUGUGUCUCCAUCCGACAGUGGGGCCUCCUAGCAAGGACCCAGACAUCAACGGCCAAGGUGAGCUGCCCGUCUUCCUUCUGCCUGCCAAAAUUAAGCCAAAGAACAGGGACCAGUGGCUGGGGCAUAGGACUAGCGGCAGGGGUUCGGAGAAGAAUCUGGAAGGUUGGGGGUGGGGUGGCUCUGGGUCAUUCAAGUGCAGGCUACCAGUCAGGCUUCUUACCUGCUUAGGUUCCGACAUAAUUCCUACCCUUCAUGGGGACCUUGGCAGGAAGCUCAUCAGUACCCACAGCGCUCCCGAGCCUCCAUGCCCCUACCACCCCAGACACGGGGAAAUGUCCAGUAGCCAUUCGCCCUCAAAGAGCUAUAGGUCCAGAGGCUGGUUGUCCUCUCAACCCUCCAGCUCCUUAGCAGCAGUGUCCCUGAGGAGGAGGCCCAGGCCCGCAGCUCAGCCCUGCCGAGUCCGAGUUUGGCAAUGGACUCGGAGUAUGAGAUUAGCCAUGUCCGCAAGCUCCAGGCUCAGCACGCACAGAUGCAGGAGAAGACCUUUACCAAAUGGAUCAACAACAUCUUCCGCCUGGGCCGGGUGGGCGUCAGGAUCCAGAACCUGUACACAGAGCUUUCUGAUGGUGCCCACCUACUGCGGCUGUUGGAGCUUAUCUCCGGGGAGGCCCUGCCGACGCCCAGCCCAGGCCGCCUGCGUGUGCACUUCCUGGAGAACAGCAGCCAUGCACUGGCCUUCCUCAGGGCCAAGGUGCCCAUACCCUUCAUCGGGCCAGAGAACAUUGUGGAUGGAGACCAGUCACUCAUCCUGGGACUCCUCUGGGUCAUCAUUCUGCGUUUCCAGAUUUCUCACAUCUCCUUGGACAGGGAGGAGUUCGGGGCCAGUGCGGCGUGGCUGUCUGCCAAGGAAGCCCUGCUGGUGUGGUGCCAGCGCAAGACGGUCAGCUACCCCAAUGUGAACAUCACCGACUUCUCCCGCAGCUGGAGCGACGGCCUUGGCUUCAAUGCCCUCCUCCACGCUCACAGGCCAGACCUGCUGGAUUAUGGCUCCCUGAGUCUGGAUCACCCUCUGCACAACCUCUCCUCUGCCUUCCGAGUGGCUGAGCAGGAGCUAGGCAUCGCUCAGCUGCUGGACCCUGAGGAUGUGGCCGCCCCGCAUCCAGAUGAGCGCUCCAUCAUGACCUAUGUGUCUCUGUAUUACCAAUGCUUCUCCCGGCUGCACCGGGGCCAGACGGCCCAGAGGAGGCUGGCGAAGAUCCUGCUGCAGCUUCAGGAGACAGAGGCACUACAGUAUCAAUACGAGCAGCUGGCCGCUGACCUGCUCUACUGGAUUGGAGAGAAGCAGAUGCAGCUGGAGGCGCGGGACUUCCCAGACUCACUGCCUGCCAUGCGCCAGCUCCUGGCAGCCUUUGCCUCCUUCCAUACCCAGGAAAAGCCACCUCGGCUGCAGCAGCGAGGAGCCAUCGAGGCCCUGCUCUUCCAGCUGCAGACAACACUCCGAGCCCAAAACCGAAGGCCGUUCCUACCUCGAGAGGGCCUGGGCCCUGCAGACCUGGCUCGGCGCUGGGCGGAACUAGAGAGGGCAGAGGCCUCCAGGAGCCAGGCCAUGCAGCACAGGCUGCUACAGCUAGAGCGACUGGACAGUCUGGCCCGCCGCUUCCGGUGCAAGGCAGCCCUCCGGGAAAGCUUUUUAAAUGAGUCAGAGCAGAUGCUAGACCAGGCCAGAGACUCCCUCACCAAGCCAACCACGGGGGAGGCAGCCACUCAGAGGCUGAGCAUGUUAGAGGCUCGCAUCCUGCCCCAGGAAGGGCGCUUCCAAGCCUUGGGCGAGAUUGCAGACAUCCUGCAGCAGGAACAGUAUCACAGCUGGGCAGAUGUGGCCCACAGGCAGAAGGAGAUUGCCCGGCGCUGGCAGACGAUCCUGCAGUGUCUACAGGAGCACAGGAAACAGAUCGCAGACUCACGGGCUGUGCUGAGCCUACUGGAGGAGGUGGAGGCUGCCACUGACCAGCUUGGGGAGCUGCAGGUGCAAGCCAGCUCCACAGCCUAUGGGCAACAGCCAGCAGAAGUAGUGUUACUGCUGCAGAGGCAUGACCUGCUGGAGGCCCAGGUCUCAGCCCACAGGACCCAAGUGAACCGUCUUGCCCAGCAGACGGCACAGCUGGACCCCUCCCAGGGCACCAGUGUGCAGAUACUUCAGACUAAAGCCCUGGCACUGGCCGAGCUUCAUCAGAGCCUCGUGUCUCUUGUCAGAGCCCGACGCGGCCGACUGGAGCAGACUCUGCAGCUGGCACAGUUCCUGCACAGUUGUGAGGAGGAGGAGGCCUGGUUGAGGGAGCACAGACAGAUCAUGGAGAAGGCAGCCCUGGGCCGGGACCUCACUCAGAUCUCUACCGCUCUGCAGAAACACAAGGUUCUGGAAGCCGAACUCCAUCGCCACCAGUCUGUGUGUGCAGAUCUCAUGCAGAGGGCACGCAGCCUCAGUGUCAGAGGGCCCCGGCCACAGCCAGAUCCUCUGGAAAGGGCAGAAGCUGUGCAGGGAACUUGGCAGUUGCUCUGGACCGGAGCCGCAAGGAGGCGCGCCCGGCUACAAAGUGCACUGUUGGUUGGACAGUACUUUUCUGACUCAGCCGAGGCAGCUUCUUGGCUUCUCCUACGGCAGAAGCAACUGGAAAGCGCAUCCUGCGGGAAGGACCAGGCCGAGGCCGAGGCCCUGCUGCAGCGCCACCUGCUCCUGGAGCGAGACGUGCGCGCCUUCGGGGCGGAGCUGCGCGAGCUAGAGGAUCAGGCGCGGGCUGCUGCAGCCCUGGUCUCACUCAAGGAGGACCCCCCAGAAGACUGGAGGAAGCUUGACAGGGACGCAGCUGGAGAACCUCGGGGUGGGACCCGAGUCUUAGCAGCAACAGGCAGCCAGUAUUCACACCAGCAGACGCCCCUCUCCUCCCGAGAAGGGGCCCUGAAUACUUGGAAGCCUAAAGACUUGGGGAACAGCCAGAGCAGGGCACCCGUCAUCUGCAGCAUAGAGCAGAACCCCCAGGUGGAGUCUGCCCUGAGCCUUCUGGGGGAAGGCCCAAGGAUGACUCUCCAGAAUGAAUAUGACUUUGAUGUAGACUCCAGCACCAUACUCCAGGCACAGGCUCACUUGAGCCAGAACUAUGAGAACCUACAGGCCCUAGCAAAGCUUCACAGGGCCCGACUGGAGGAGACAGCAGCCCUGUUUAGCUUCUACAGCUCCUGUAGGGAGCUCCAGUCCUGGCUGGAGGAGCAGACAGCCCUGUUCCAAACAUUGCAGCCCCAGGGUGACAACUUAGAGGUCACACAGCUCAAAUGUGAGAACUUUCUCAUGACCUUGGCCAUCGGAAAAGGCCACUGGGCUGAGGUCAUCCGCACUGCUGAACAGCUGAAACAGAGAUGUCCAGGGCACACCCCGAAAAUCCAGCAACAGGAGGAAGACCUGAACCAGAGGUGGCAGCAGCUGGAGGCCCUGAAGGAAGAGAAAGGCCUGCAGCUGACGCACAGCGCGGAGGCGCGCCAUCUUCUACAGGAGGCUGAACCCACACGAGCCCAGCUGCUAAAUGUGAUGGGCAGGCUGGAGGCUCUGGGGCCAGGAUGCUCUGAAGACAGCCAUCGAACCCUGCAGCAGAUUCAGCAGAAGGUCCUGGGACUGGAGAAGAGGAUCUCCUACCUCCAAAGAGCAUCCAUAGAGGUGAUGGAGUCAGGUCCCCUGGAGGGCCAGCUGCUUCAGGAGCGGGUGCUGAUGCUGCAGGGUCUGCUAACACAAGUACAAGAGCGAGUGGCCCGGCAGGUCCAGGUCCAGACUGAGGCUCGGGGCCAGCGAGGCAUCCUCCAAGAGAGCCAGACAUUGCUUCUGUGGGCGGAGGCCAUCCGGGCUCAACUGUGCAGUGAAGGGGAGCUGGAGGAUGUGGCCUCAGCCCGGGAGCUGCUGAGGAAGCAUGGAGGUCUACAGGAGGAGACCUGCCUGUGGCAAGAGAGGCUGCAGCAGCUGGAGGCUCGGGGCCAGCUGGUGGCAGCCUCAGACCCCCCACAGUCCCAAGAGGUGGCCAGUGCCCUAAGGCUCCUAGGCCGGCAGGGCCAGCAGCUGAAGGCUGUGUGGGAGCAGAGGCAGCAGAAGCUUCGGGACAGGCUGGAGCUGCAGAGGUUUGGCCAGGAAGUGGAUAGUUUCAUCGACACCUGUGCCGGCCAUGAGGCCUUCCUGCACCAGGACAAUCUGGGGGAGGACCUAAGGGAGGCCCAGAGCCUGCUGCAGCAGCACCGGUUUGGGUGGCUCCGGAGCACCCUAGGAUCUCGGGCUGAGGCCCUGCGGGCGUGUGGUGAAAAGCUGCUUCUGAGCCAGCACCCGGCUGAGCACAAGAUCAGAGAGCUGCUGCACAGUGUCCAGACACAGUGGGCCAGGGUCCAGGAGAGGAGUGAGCAGAGAAGGGAGCAGCUGCUGGCCUCCCUCCAAUUGCAAGAAUGGAAGCAAGCUGUGGCGGAGUUAAUGCUGUGGAUGCAGGGGAAGUGGGCCACGGUGGCCGGUGAACCCUCCCAAGCAUGCAGCAACAUGCUGAAGAAACCCAAGUGGCUCGAAAUGACCAAGCAUGAGCUAUUAGCUACCCGCGGAUACAUGCAGGACCUACAGCAGGCUGGGAGAGAGCUGUUGCACGGCCACCCCUACGCACAGGAGGACAUACAGGACAGACUCCAGGGCCUGAGUCACAAGUGGGAAGAGUUGGACCACAGGAUGGCAGAGCAAGGGGACAGGCUGCUGCAGACCGGACGGCAGGGCCAGCUUCUGGAGCUACUGCAGGAUGUCAGGGAGACGUUGGAGCAGCUGGAGGGAGCCCUGCAGAGAGCAGAAACGGGACAGGACCUGUACUCCAGCCUGAGGCUGCAGAAACAGCACUGUCAACUAGAGGACAAGAGCCAGGCCCUGGCCAGCAAGAUGGCUGUCCUCAUCUCUGAGACCCACAUGCGUUCACUUCCCUGACCACUCCUGGAGGAGAGCCAGAAGUCUCACCAGAGGUUCAAGGCCCUGCAGAGCAUGCUGGCCACCCGACGCAUGCAACUGCAGGCCUCCGUUGAGCUGCACCAAUUCAACCGCCUUAGCAACCUGGAACUCACAUGGGUGGCUGAGCACAUGCCCAGCACCGGCCCCACCUACCCUGCCCAUUGCUGCCGCGAUGUCCAGCGCCUUCAACGUAAGCACGAGGUGCUCCAGGCUGAGGUGAAAGCUCACGUGGAACACCUGCACGGAGUACUAAGUUCUGGCCAGAGCCUAGCAGCCUCUGGGCACCCCCACGCUCAGCGCAUUAUGGAGCAGUGCCGGAAGUUAGAAGGCCACUGGGCAGAGCUGGAGCAGGCAUGUGACGCACGUGCCCAUUGCCUGCAGCAGGCCGUCACGGUCCAGCAGUGCUUUCCGACUGUGUCAGAAAUAGAGACCUGGGUGGAGGAAAAGCGGCCUCUGGCGAGCAGUCAGGAAUAUGGCGGCGACGAGACAGCUACCUUUGGACUCGCUAGCAAACACCAGAUGCUGCAGCAGGAAUUAGCUCUUUAUUGGAGCUCUGUGGAGGAUCUUGAGCAGAGAUUCCAGACCCUCACUGGAUUUGAGGCCUCUGAGCAGCUGGGUAUGGUGCGGGAGCGAUUGCAGGCAUUACAGACGCUGGCGGAUGCACGGGGCCGGGAGCUGGACGGGACCCUGAAGCUACAUGAAUUCACGAGAGAAGCCGAGGACCUGCAGAGUUGGCUGGCUAGCUGGAAGCAGGUGGUCAGAGGAGGGGACAACUUUGGAGAAGACCAUGAGCGUGUGCUGCAACUCUGCACUAAGUUUACAGAGUUUCAGAACCAAAUUGAAACCGGUGCCCUGCGAGUAGAGACCUGCCAGCAGCUGGCAGAGCGCCUCCUGGAGGGUGGGCACAGUGCCGCACCCAAGGCCCGCCAGUGGCAGCAGGAUCUACGGGCUGCCUGGUCUGAACUGUGGCAGCUGACCCGUGCCCAAAGCCGCCUGCUCCAUGACACAGAAACCGCCCUCCGAGUCCACAGAGACCUCCUAGAAGUCCUUACUCAGAUUCAGGAGAAAGCUACAAGCCUCCCUAAUGACGUGGCCCAGGACCUGCGUGGGGUAGAGAACCAGCUGCAGGGACAUGAGAGGCUGGAACGUGAGCUGGCAGGCCUGGAGCAGCAGCUGCAGGAACUGCUGGAGUCUGGAAGCAGGGUACAGAAGCUGUGCCCAGGUCCUCAGGCCCUCGCCGCUGUCCAGCAGCAGCAGCAAGCUGUGACACUCUCCUGGGAGGCCCUCCAGCUGCGUGUGGGGCAGCGCAGGGCCCAGUUGGAACGCGCACACCUCCUGGUCCGCUUCCACACAGCGGUGAAGGACUACACCUCCUGGGUGGCCAGCAUGCAUCAGGAGCUGCAGAGGGAGGAGGGCUCCUGGGAACCCAGCCAUACCCUGCUCAGGCUCAGAGCCCACCAAUGGCUGCGGGCAGAACUGGAAGCCAGAGAAGAGCUGCAGCAGCAGGCCACCAAGCUGGGCCAGCAGUCACUUCUGGCUGCGGGGACACCCACUAAGGAGGUCCAGGAUGCGCUUCAAGCCCUACAGGAGGAGCGUGACCAGGUGUUCGAGGCCUGGGCACUCAAGCAGGAGAAGCUGCAGAGCAUGCUUCAAGAACAGCGUCUCCUCAGACAGUGCGAUCACCUGGCGAAGAUCCUCACAGCCCAGGAGGCCUUCCUGAAAGCCGGUGGCCUGGGUUGCUCAGUGGAGGAAGUGGAACAGUUGAUUUGCAAGCAUGUGGUCUUCCAGAAAGUGCUCGCUCUCCAGGACGAGAAGGAAGCCGCCCUGCGGGAGCAGUUGAAAACUACCCCGAGCCCUGAGGGGCAGAGCCUGGUUUACCGCGUGCUGGAGCGUCGGGCUCAAGUGAAGGAGCUGGCCGAGAGCCGGGGACAAGCCCUGCACACCUCCCUGAAGAUGGCCAACUUCGCCAGGGCGGCAGCUCAGGUUGAGGACUGGAUCCAGGAGCGGGUCCAGCAACUGAGAGCCUGGAGCCCUCUUGGAAGCCUAAAUGAUUAUCUGAAGCACCUGCGGAAACACCAGGCCUUCGAGGCUGAGGUCCAGGCCCAUGAGCAGGUCAUGACCUCUGUUGCCAAGCAAGGUGAAGGGCUCCUCGGACAGAGCCACCCUGGGACUGGAGAGGUCUCCCAGAAGCUGAAGGCCCUGUGGGAGCUCUGGGAGAAGCUGAGGCAGGCAGUGACCCUGCAGGGCCAGGUCCUGGAGGACCGACACAGCUUCCUGGAGUUCCUGCAGAGAGUGGACCUAGCAGAGGCCUGGAUCCAGGAGAAGGAGAGGAUGGUGAACAGCGGCGACAUGGGCCUGAGCCUUGAACACUGUCUACAGCUCUGCAGAGAGGUCCACAGGUUACAGGUCACAGUGGAUGACACCUACAUCGGGAGAAUCAAAAACUUGUCACCGCAGCUCAAGAACCCGAGCCCCGAGGAAUCUGAGACCAUCUGCCAGCGGCAAAACCAGCUCAACCAUAGGUGGAAGACUUUCCAUGGCAACCUGCUCCUGUAUCAGCAGCGGCUUGAAGCAGCCCUGGAGAUACACACAUUGUCCAGUGAACUGGAUGACCUCACUGAGCAGAUCAGGGAAAAGGAAUCCCUGAUGCAGGCCCUGGAGAACACAGAAGAUUUGGAGAAUGUACAGAGGCUACCAUGGAAACAGAAAAUGUUACAACAGGGCAUGGGCCUCAUCCAGACUCAGGUGGAGUCUCUCGAGGGUAAGGUUGGCCGCCUCUGCAAGAGAAGUCCUGAGGUUGCCCACAGCCUCAGUCAUAAGCGACAAGAAAUGAUGGACCGCUGGUGGAAGGUCUGGAGCAGGCUCCAGAAGUGGAGGGAGUCACAGGAUGUGGCCCGUAAAGUUUGGAAGCUCCAGAUGCUGCUGCAGGAUCUGCAGGACUGGGCACAGGGACUGAAGGCUGAGAUGGACUCGCGGGGCAGCCCCUGCAGCCCCGAGAGAGCCCUGUACAUGCUGCAAGAGCACCAGGCAUACAAAGUCGAGCUGGACAUCCGAGCAGACAGCCUUAGCCUGGCCCGGAGCAUGGGCCAGCAGCUGCUUGCAUCUGGAUGCCAACUGGCCUCUGGGAUUCAACAACCCCUGGCUGCUGUGGAGCAGGAGCUGAGUAGCUUGGAGGCAUCAUGGCAGAGGCGGCGGCAGCGGCUACAGCAGGCCCUGGAGCAGCAGUCACUUCUGAGCUCUGUGGAAAAGGUGGAACACUGGUUCGACAGUGAGGAGGCCUCUCUAGCUAGUGAGGGACCGGCGGGUCCCUUGGCCACUGUGGAGACCCUUCUGUGGAAGCACAAGAGGCUCGAGCAGCACCUGAGCAAGGCUGAAGAGAUCAGUGCGCUGGAGGCCACAGCCCUCACCCUGCACCAGAGUGGACACCCUGAGGCCCGCAGCAUCCUGGCCAGGUGCCAGGCCCUGCUCCUGAGGAGAGAGGCACUCACAGAGCGAGCCAGAGCACGCGGUUGUCAGCUGGAGGAGCUGCGGCAGCUCCGGACUUUCGUGCAGGAUUCCGACGAGGUAGCUACGUGGCUGAGGGAGAAGAACCUGGAGGCUCUGGACAAGGGUCAGCAGGACCCAACCACGAUACAAACACAGUUGCAGAGGCAGCAGAAUUUCCAGGCCGUGCUGGAUGCCAGUGUUCCUCAGCAACAGGAGCUGCAGACGGAGGGGCAGAGGCUGCUACACGGAGGCCACCCGGCCUCUGAGACCAUCCGGGGGAGACUGCAAGAACUAGAGAGACUCUGGACCGAGCUGCGGGCCAACUGCCAGAGGAAGAUGGUCGGACUCCAGGGGACCCACAAGGCUCUGCAUCUGCAGAAGAUGCUGGAGAGACUGGAGAGCUGGCUAGAGUCCAUGGAAGCGGAGCUGAGAGCCCCUGUCAAAAGCCAGGACCUGCCUAGGGUGGGCGAGCUCCUGGGGGCACAGGGGGAGCUGGAAGCAGCCAUCGAUAGUCAGACCAGGCAAGUGCAGGAGCUGCAGGGCCAAGCCCAAGCCUGCUUCCAGGAAGGCCACUGCCUCGCCAAAGGUGUGGAAGAGCGAGCCCAGCAGCUACUUCAGAGGUUCCAGAGCCUUCAGGAGCCGCUACAAGAGCGCAGGGCAGACCUGGAAGCCCAGAGCCUACUUUUACAGUUCCUCAGGGAUGCUGAUGAGGAAAUGGCCUGGAUUCAGGAGAAGCUGCCCUCUGCUGCAGCCCAGGACUAUGGCCAGAGCCUGAGCACUGUGCGGCACCUGCAGGAGAGACACCAGAAUUUGGAGAAUGAGAUCAGUAGUCACAGGACUCUGAGCCAGGUGGUGAUGGGUACAGGUCACAAGCUUGUGCAGGCUGGACACUUUGCCGCUGAAGAGGUGGCUGCCCGGGUGCAGCAGCUGGAGGAGGCUCUGGACCACCUGCAGACAGAGGCAGCACAGAGGAGGAGGAUGCCGCAGGCCCUGGAAGCCCAGCAGAUUUUGAUGGAGCUCCUGGAGGCAGGCUCCUGGCUAGCUGAACGGGGCCACGUCCUGGACAGUGAAGACCUGGGCCAGGAUGCUGAGGCCACACAGGUUCUUCUGCGGCGCCUGGAAGCCACCGUAAGAGACUUGGAGGGGUUCAGCGGUCGCAUUGAGCAGUUACAGCAAACGGUGGCCCUUCUGGAGAGUGGGCAGAACCCGGGCAGUCCUAGGGUGCUGUCCCAGCUGCAGGCUGUGAGGGAGGCCCAUGCACAGCUGCUGCAGAGGGCGGAGAGCAGGGGACAAGCACUCCGUGAGCAAAUGCACCUGCACCAGCUGGAGCAAGAGGCCCGGCUCCUGCAUGCCUGGCUGACCACCAAGGUGGCUGCAGCUGAGUCCCAGGACGACGGACAGGACCCUGAGGGCAUCGAGGUGACGGAAGACACGUUUGGUGCCUUUGGCAGAGAAGUCCAGCGCCUGGGCCAGGCCAAGGUGCAGACCCUGAGGGAGCUGAUGGCCCCCCUGGAAAGAGGAGCACCCAGGUUCUACCCCCAGAUUCAAGCCCAGAAGUAUCGCAUCCAAGCCGCUUGGGAGAGGCUGAACAAGGCACUCGAAGUCCGGAGAGAGAACCUGGCUGCAGCCCGUGAGCUCCAGAGCUUCGAGCAGGCCGCCUCAGAGUUCCAAGGCUGGAUGCAGGAGAAGACCACCCAGCUGGAGGGAGAGUUCCGAGUCCACAGCCUGUCACCUACACAGCUCCUACAACAGCACAAGUGCCUGCAGAGGGAACUGGCAGCUAUGGAGAAGGAGAUGGCGAGAAUACAGGUGGAGGCCUGUCGCCUGGGCCAGCACGAUCCUGUGACGGGAGGUCUGGCUGAGUGGCUCACCAAGGUGCAGGGAGCCUGGGCCACCCUGGAGGCGGAGGUCCAGGGAUGGAGCCAGAAGCUGUCGCAGGCUACCCAGGGCCACACCUUUCUUGGGCGCUGUCGGGAAUUGCUAGCGUGGUCUCAGGAGCUGCUUUCCUCAGGGGAGCUGGCUGGGGAUGUGGUGGACCAAGAGAUCCGGGAGUGCUGCCUUCAAGCCCAGAAUACCCUGCAGGAAGGGCGGCAGCUGCUAGAGCAUGGCCACUUCAUGUCGCUGGAGGUGGAAAGGUGUCUGCAGGAGCUGGAAAGACAUCUGCAGGAGCUUCAGGCAGCAUGGGCCCUGCGUGGGCAACGCUUUGAGCAGAACCGGGGCCUGCAGCAGCUGCAGCAGAGGCUGGAGCUGGCUGAGGCCUGGCUGGCCUCUCAGGAAGGCCUGCUGCUGGACCCCAGCUAUGGGCACUCAGUGACGGACGUGGAACGUCUGCUCUGCAGACAUGAGGGCUUGGAAAAGCUCCUGGCGGCCCGUGAGGAGACGUUCACCCAGCUUCAGACGCUGACAGAGGUGAAGGGCACUCGUGUCACGGAGGGGUCUGUGGAACUGACGCAGCAGCCGCCCACAGACGGGAGGCAGCUCAGCACCAGCUCCUGCAACAGUAGCCAUGGGACCUUGGCAAGCAGAGCCCUGAGCCUGUUCUCCGAUAUGAGGAGGGCAGAAGUACCAGGUGGCAACUGUGGAGCUGCCUUCCGGAGCCCCCGCUGCGCGCGAGUGUGAGAGACUGGAGGGCGGGAAGCAUCCUUUCUCCACAAGGUCUGAGACUUGAAAUGAGUCCUGAGGCAACACCAAACCUCGGGCUCCAAGUGAAGAUGCAUCCUGGCGAACCCCUUGGCUCCGGGCCCCAGGGCACCUUCCUGCGGCUGCUCAGGACCAGAGAUCAGCUCCUGACAGGAUAAGCACUGCUGUGUUGUUACCCGCUGGGCCCGAGAUGAGCCUGAACCUUUUAACUGGACCAAGGUCUCUGUCUGGACAAAGAUGGCAGUCUGUCCAUCUGGACAGGGCUGGAACUUCCACGCUAGUGGCCUCUUGGAGAGGGUGACUUGGAUGUCCUGCUUUUAGAGUGGAGCUCACGUCAAGUGUCCUGUAGAACUAAUAGCCUGGCACGACAGAUAAUUAAUCUUGGGACAGCGGCGCCCAAGCGCCUCCCGUUUAUAAGAGCCCCUAUAACAUGU